GCUUGUCUGUCAGCAGCUGAGGCCCCGCCCCUGAUGGCUUUCUGUCACAAUAACUCUUCAGCUAUAUUGAAACAAGAACUGUCAGGAAAGAAGGAAGUCAACGGUUCUGUCCUCACAUUCUGUCUUCACAACAGCCCUGCGGCCAUGAAGAAAGGGAGAGUCUGUCUUGAGGCACAUUGGGGUGCAGAAUACCUGCAUUUCAAGCAAUUCAUCUAUGAGGAGGCUAGAGGUCCCCGAGAAGCUUGCAGCCAACUCUACACCCUCUGUUCUCAAUGGCUGAAGCCAGAACAAAACACCAAGGCUGAGAUGCUGGACCUGGUCAUCCUGGAGCAGCUGCUGACCAUCCUGCCAAUGGAGAUAUCAGCCUGGGUACGAGAAUGUGGAGUGCAGACCAGUUCCCAGGCAGUGGCCCUGGUGGAGGGGUUCCUCCUGGGUCAGGGUCAGGCAGAAGAAAUAAUGGAAAAGGAACAGCAGGAGUCAUUUUGGGAGGAAGCCACUGACUUUCCUGUGGCAAAGAUAGCUUGCUCCAUCUCCAAAAAUGGAGUGCUCUCCAGACAGAUCAGUCAGGAAGAGGACAGUGUUGCCACUUCGUUGGGAGACAGAACAAGGACACUGCCAAAACAUAGCAGCUCUUCUUUUCAUUCAGAAGGCUUGAGAACCAUUUCUGUGGACCUAGAUCAGCUGACCUUCAAAGACGUGGCAGUGGAAUUCACAGAGGAGGAGUGGGCUCUGCUGGAUCCAGACCAAAGGGCUCUGCACAGGGAAGUCAUGGAGGAGAAUUGGAAGAUCAUCUCCUCUUUGGGUGAAGUUGGGCAAGAAAAAGAGGAUGAAGCAGAACUACACAGAGCUUCCCUUCAAAAAGUGAAACAUAAACAGAAGAAAACACAAGGAACACAAACUGAUCCACAAGAGACAAAGAGAAAGAAAGCACAGGGAACAAAAACUGAUCCUCAAGAGACAAGGAGGAAGAAAACACAGGCAACAAAAACUGAUCGACAAGAGACAACAAGGAAGAAAACACAGGGAAUAGAAACUGAUCCUCAAGAGACAAGGAGGAAGAAAGCACAGGGAACAAAAACUGAUCCACAAGAGACAAGGAGGAAGAAAGCACAGGGAACAAAAACUGAUCCACAAGAGACAACAAGGAAGAAAACACAGGGAACAAAAACUGAUCCUGAAGAGACAAGGAGGAAGAAAGCACAGGGAACAAAAACUGACCCUCAAGAGAAGAGGAAGAACAAAGCCUUUGCUUCUCAGGGAGGGGAUAUUGAUGGAAUCUCAGUCCACAAAAUUACCAAAAGAGGAAAGAAAAGAAGUAAAGAUAAUUGUCUUGAAUGUGGUAAAACCUUCCAUUGUAAAAAAAGACUUAAUCUUCACAGGAGAAUUCACACAAGGGAGAAUUUCUUUAAAUGUUUGGAGUGCGGACAGAUCUUCUGGCUGAAGAUGCACCUUGCUCGUCAUCAAACAACUCAUUCAAGGAAGAAACCAUUCAAAUGCUUGGAGUGUGGAAAAGCUUUCCUUUGGAAGACACUUUUCACUUGUCAUCAAGCAUUUCAUAGAGCGGAGAAACCACUUCAGUGGUGUGGCUUGGAGUGUGGGGAAAAAAUCCUUUCCAAGGAUUCCACAAAUGUGAUAAGGUCCUCAGUCAAGAAAUAGCUUUGGUGGGAAGAAUAGCCUUACUUGUCAUCAAGCAUCUUACACAGUGGAGAAACCAUUUGAAGGCAUGGAAUGGGGGAAUGUUAUCUUCCUCAGACAAAUGUCAUGUAUAGAACAACAUACCUAGCAGAGAAGCUCUGCAACUGUUUAGUGUGUGUAAAAAGUUUCUAUACAGAGCUUUAUAUAUCAUCAGUUAACUCAAUAAAGAAAGAAAACAUUCCAGGUCUUGAAAUGUCAAGAAGAUGUUACUUCCAAGAUAAAAGUCACUUCUCAACACACAAAGA